GAGACAGAAAGCAUCUCAAAUACUGUAACAAAUGUGUGUGAUGUGGAGUCAGAUUUUUCCAACUAUGCUUCGAAAAGUCUUCCUUCUGAUUCACUAGCAGAGACGAACUUUUUUCCGCUUGACAUAUAUAGGACUAAUAUCCACCAAAGAACACAAGCAGCUGUGUGGGUUUCCUUUUGUGAAAUUUAUAAUGAAUAUGUGUAUGACCUAUUAAAUGUAUUUUCUACAUCAAAAAUUCAGAAGCGCAGAGUCUUAAGAAUUUGUGAGGAUCAAGGAGGAAAUUCUUAUAUUAAAGACUUGAAGUGGGUUAACAUUCAGAGCAUUGAAGAAGCCUGCAAAAUACUAAAAAUAGGAAACAAGAACCGAAGCUUUGCUUGUACUAGAAUGAAUGAGCAAUCAAGUAGAAGUCACAGUAUAUUUUCAAUCAGGCUACUAAAGCUAACUGAUGAGCAUCAGCCGCGCGUUCUUGGAGUUUCAGAGUUGUCUUUCUGUGACUUGGCGGGAUCGGAGCGAUGUAAUAAAACAGAAACCUUUGGAGAUAGACUAAAAGAAGCAGGAAGUAUUAAUAAUUCUCUUCAUAUCCUUGGAAAAUGCAUUGCAGCAUUGAAGCAAAAUCAAAAUCCAAAGAUGAAGCCAAGCUAUAUUCCAUUCAGAGAGAGCAAAUUGACGCGUCUGUUUCAGCCAUUCUUUUGUGGAAAAGGAAAAGCUUGUAUGAUUGUGAACAUUAAUCAGCACGCUUCCACUUAUGAUGAAACGCUACAUGUAAUGAAAUUUUCAGCUAUAGCCAAACAGGUAACCCAGACAAUCCUGCCUAAAAGUUUUGGUUAUUUUCCACCCAAGCUAGUGGAAGGCAACAGCAAACCUCUCAUGCACUUUGAUGCUAGCACAUCUGUAGAUGACUUUCCUGACAGUACUGAAACCUUCACAGAAGAGGAAGUGGACAUCACCAUUCUGAGUCAUGAGGAUCUCUUGAAAACUACAGAGAACCUAAAGGAGAAGCUAGUUGCAGAAAGGCAAAGCAGACUCCUUCUGGAGGUGAAGAUACGUAGAGAGAUGGCGGAAGCAAUGUUCCGACAGCUGUUGGAAACAGAGGAAGCCUGGAGCAACCGCUUGGAAGAUAUGAAAGACAGUUACGAAGAAAAACUGGAGAGCAAAUUUGAAAUGUAUAAAGAAGCCAUCAAGAAACAUGCAUAUAUGUGUGCAAUGGAACAAAUUGAAGACCAGUAUGUUCCCAUAGAAGAAUUUCUAGCUGAACAAGAGAAAGUUGAGGAUAGAGAGAGGAAAAUACUGCAAUUGGAAAGGCAACUUGAUGAACAGUCAGGGAGGCUGUUGGCUCUGGAAAAUCCAAAUUCAGAUACAGGGACUACCGAAAAUAACAUGGAACUAGAUCUUACGAACAAGAUGAUGAAGAGAGCCAAUGAAGGACUGGAGAGACAAUGCAAAGAGAAGGAAGAGCUUAUAAAAUCCCUCAAGUUUAAAAUACAGAAACUAAAUGAAAACCUGCUAGAAGCUAAUGAAGGCUACAGAAAAAUGGCAGAAGAGAACAGUCAACUGAAGCAUGCGAUCAUGCUCAAGGAUCAAGAAAUGAAUAGUCUUCAAAACUGGGCUAAGCGUGUUCUUGAGCUUGAAGAAACAGUGUCUUCCCUGCAAAAAGAACUUGAUGAACAGAAAAAGCAUUUCUCUACAGAAGAGCCAAAACAACAAAAACCCAGGAGAGGUUUGUUGGCUAACCUCAAGUCAACAGUGGCAGCCACUGCUAGUACACCUCCUGGUAAAGCCUGGGGGAAGCAUGAAGUUGCUUUAUCCUCUUCAAGGAAACAUGUACUUUUGUCUCAUAAAGCAAAAGAAUAA